AUGCCCGAUUUGAAGCGUGGCGGGUCCUCUAGGAAGAGAGAACGCUCUCCGAAUCCCUCAGCAGAUGCAUCAGAACGCGACGGCAAGAAGGCAAAAGCGAAGAAAAAAAAUGCGAAGUCAAGAAGAGCAAAGAAGAGGCUUGAGCGAGAAAAAAAAAGACAGGCCGCUGCUGCUGCUCAGGCAGAGGGGGAAAAACCUACUGGACAGAAGGAGCCCGCUGUUGCAGCCCCAGCAACGAGAAAAAAGUCUACCGGGCAGAACACACAGAAGCCCAGUAACUUGGACCCGGUAGAAAAGGUCAAGCAACAGGUAGCAAAGGGGCUACGGCGACAUCCUAACAAAAUAAAGAAGCCUGUAGAUCACACCGGAGUAGAAGUGCUCUCCCAUCACGCGCCUCACAAGAUAAAAGCUGAGGGUUACGUCUUUGUUCCGGCAGGAAGCAGGUACAUUACCCUCAAUUGCAGACGCUUGACCCUACAAUCUGGUAGGAACGUAUGGAAGAUCGAUCAUCCCAAAGGAAAAGGUAUCCAAGUGCCGAAGGAGAUAUAUGAAACGGUCAUUGCAAACGAGGAGGCAACCAGAACUCAAAGGAAUGCAAUAGUUGCGAAGAUUGACAAAAAAGAGAAUGACGAGGCUUUGGAAUGUUUAUUAAAGCUAUUCCCAAAUCUACCGCCUGGGGUCAGUGACGAGAUUUUGCAAAGAGCUUGGCAAAAAAGCUCAGGUAGGGUCGGUCGCACAAAAAAGUUGACUAUGGAGCAAAAGGUCCGACUUGCAGUUGUUGCCCAUGUCCGUCACUGCCAUACCAGCUACGAGAAAAGAUUGCGAGACGAAGCCAGCAAACAUGAGGGGCAAAGGGCUCCAGCAAAGGCAGUCCGGAGAAUUAAGUCCCAGAUCUGGGGGGAGGUUAAUGCUGUAGUGAAGCGCUGGCAGAAGACGGGAGCUCAGGUUGCUCAGGUUGCUAAGCCCAUCACCGGAGAAAGAGUAAUACCACAGCAAAAUCCCCAUAGAAGGCCGGAUCCACCCAAAACCCAAUGGCAACAAAACAUUGAGCAAGGAUUUUUCAUCACUCAUCCCCCUGUUAAUCGUCCGCGGCCAAUCUUUGUUCGACAUGAAGAACGGAGGAAAUUGGAAGGAGAAAAGACGAAGAAGACGGAAACAAUGCCUAAGCAAAAGAAGAAGCGAGUUGAGGUCAUUCUGAUUGAUAGCGAUAGCGAAGAAGACACCGCUACCGGAGCCGAUAUACCAGAAACAAUUAAUUUACAAGAUGAUGAGGAAAUGGAGGACGGUGAGAUUAUGGAAGGAAACUCCAACGAUUGGGAUGCUGCUGUGGGAAACGCCCAAGAUUGGGAUAUCGGUGGGGACGACGAAGAGUCAGACGUUGACGAAAAUUGUUUCUUCUAUCCUGGCGAGGAAGGAGACGAGGGUUACGUAGAAAGUGAACGAGGCUUGGGCUCAGAUGCGGAUGAGGACGAUGAGGAGGAAUGGAGUGACCAUGAUAUGGACAGUAAAAUGGUUCAGGAUGAGUCCGAAGAAGAAGAGGAAAAAGAGGAAGAUGAUGAAGCUGCAGCUGCAGCUGAUGAUUAUGAUGAUAUCAUGGCUGAAUCGGACGAGCCCAUAAAGCAAGACGAGGCUCUUCCGGUGAAGCAAGAAAAUGAUAAGACAGUAUUCGCACCUUCCGGAUUGCUGGGUACUAUUCCAGCAGAAGGUUCGGCAGUAUCCCAAACUAACAAUGAGGCCAACCCGCAUCAGGGAUUAUCCGAUCUCGAGCAACUCAAAGUAAUGGAAGAAAUAGAAGAAACAGUAUCUACGCCUACCGGAAUUGAGAGUACUAUUUUGAAUAAAGCCUCCGUCACUGUAUCCGAUCUCAACCCCAGAGUCGAAGAGGCCAAGAAAUCAGUAAGAGAAGAGGAUAGUAUAAGGUCCGCGUUAGAGAAAGCGGCUAGAAUCUCGAAAGAGGAAGAGGAGGAGGUAAGAUCUGCGGUGGAAGCAGAUGAAGAUGAGAUCUAUCGUGACUUUGGAUUUUAG